AACCGAGGCUGUGAUGUUGAGAGGAAUUCAGUCUGUCAAGCAGCUUUGUUUCUUUCUUUCACCCCAUGUUGACCCUUCCCACAAGUUCAUAAUAUGAGGCUUUCAAUUGCUGUCGGAUAUUGGAAUAACUCCCAAUGAAGAUGAGUAUUUUUAACACAUAACGUCGUAUGUAUUAGAAAUAGUACUUUAUUCAAAUAAUGACACACUUUUUUACAUACUUUAUGAUCUAAUGUAGCUGAGAUGGGAUGAAAAACAUGGUAAUGGCGUUGAAUAGGGAAAAAAAACGAGGUGCUCCAAAAGCAGCGCAAGCUUCUGUCGGACAGCCUGCGAGUAGACUCUACUUGAUUACUGCGGUCGUUCCAUCUGUUCACGUUUGAUUUUAAAAUCGACUUAAAAGGGACAUUUUCUCUUCUUUACGUCUGUCCGCAGGACUUAACUAGAAAAAAGAAGAUGUCUGCUUACAAAGAUGGCGCGGAAGACUGGCUGACUGUGUGUCUCAAAUACCUGCUGUUUGUUUUCAACUCGCUUUUUUGGGUGGGAGGUGCCGCCGUUCUGGGCGUGGGCGUGUGGACGCUGGUGGAGAAGAGCGAGUUUCUCAGCCUGCUGGCGUCCGGCACCUUUGCUGUCUCCGCCUACAUUCUCAUCCUGGCCGGCAGCCUGGUGGUGGUGACGGGCUUCCUGGGCUGCUGCGCCGUCAUCCGUGAGCAGAGGAGCUGCCUCUCCAUGUAUUUCUCCUGUCUGCUGUUGAUCUUCCUCAUUGAACUGGUGGCUGGAGUUCUGGCUUACGUUUAUUACCAGAGGUUGAGUGAGGAGCUGAAGCAGCAUCUCAAGCAGACCAUGACGGACAACUACGCUCAACCGGGGAAGGAGGCCAUUACAUUAGCGGUGGACAAACUACAACAGGAAUUCAAGUGCUGUGGCAGCGACAGCUACCAAGACUGGACUGACAGCGUGUACAUCUUAUCCGCGAGCGCCAACCGCCGAUUGGUGCCCGACAGCUGCUGCAAGUCGCUCACCCCGGCAUGCGGCAUCCGCGACCACCCAUCCAACAUCUACAAGGUGGAGGGGGGUUGCAUCACCAAGCUGGAGCAGUUCCUGGCCGAUCACCUGCUGGUCAUUGGGGCUGUGGGCAUUGGUGUGGCCUGUCUCCAGAUCUGUGGAAUGGUGCUCACCUGCUGCUUGUACAGGAGGAUGAAGAUGGAGCCUUACUGACGUGCUCCGCGUCCUCUUUGUGCCACAUUCUGGCUCCUCGUCUUUUUGUUUUGUUUUCUUGUCUGCUCUUCUUUGCCCUUUUCCGUGUGCUGAACAACGGAGGCCUCGUGGAGCAUGUCUUGCCUUUAAGCUUUAUUAUGAGAGCACUUAUGUAUAUUGACGCAAUGUUGUCUGCCAGCGUUUGUGCUCGUGAAUUAUGAAUGUGUCUGAAACUCCAAAAAUGGAACAGACACUGUGUAUGUUGUGCCUGAUAACAUAACCAAAGGGUUUGCCAUGAGUGUUAUUGAUGCAGAGUAUACGGGAAGAAACCAGAGCAGCCUUAAUAAUACCUUGAAAUAUUUUAUCGUCACCUGCCACAAUGUUAGGUAGACUUUUAUAUUAAAAAAACUACUUCAAAUAUUUUUAAUGAACCAUAACUGGUGCUCCAAAUAUUCCCUGUUCCAUCCCACAAAUAUUAAAAACAGUGACACGAUUUCAGUUUGUGUUAUUCAAGCCGCCAGGGGGAGACAAAGGUCACAUUUAGAAAAUCACUACUGCUCUUCUCCGCUUGCCCUUUAACUUUGUGUAGCCUGUUACAUUGUCAACAUUGUCAAGUCUGAGCAUUCCCUCAGUUUUAUUGUCAUUUAAUUAUAUUCCCAGUUAAGGGCUCCUCUAUAAUUUCUCCAAACUUUGCCACGGUGCCUCGUUCAAACCACAUUUAGUUCCCCCAAAAAGCUCUGAUGUGGUUCUUGGGGUCGUGGCUAAAUGAAAUGCUGUACUUUAUGUAUUACCUCUCAGCCUAUUGUUAGUAUUUCAUUGUUACCACGUGUCCCAUCUGUUAUUCUUUUGUUCCCUUCUCGUAGCGCCGGAGUUUCUACGUCGCAGCCUUGUGUCCAAUAACUGACUUAAGCGUUAGACGCGUGUGGGAAACACUUUUGGGACGUGCACAUCUGCACGCGGGGGGGUGGGGUCCAAGGUUUGUUUGGCCAUAGUUGAUUAGCCGUGCAUGAAGCCGCACAACGUGAUGUAAACACUUCACGGGGAUUUUGAAGUGAGUAAGCCGUUAGACUGUCUGUUAUUUGUCAUGUGUCAGCAAGACAGAAAGAAACAAAGUUAAUGUUCUAAAAGCCCCCCCCCCCUUUUACCCGUGGUUUAUCCACAGACACCUGAAAUUCAUAUCAUUUUAUCGGCCAUACUACAGGAGAUUGACCUCAACCAUCAAGUGUGAAACUUCAUAAUCAAAUAGAAUUUUCAAAAAUAUUCCAAGGAAGAAAUUAUAAUGAAAAGUGAUGUAAAAGUGUCACUGAUUUAAAUUUUUUUUUUUGCAAAAGUUUUACAUAAAUUUACCCUAAAUUAAUUAAGCAUUUGUAAAUUAUUUCAAGCCUACUUUAAAGUUAAAUAAAGCUAAACUGUACUUAACAGUUGUGUGGGACUGGAUUAAAAAAAAAAAAUGGAAAAAAAAGUUCAGACUUUUAAUACAGUAGUUCUUUCACCUACCAUCAGAGGGACCCUUCAUAACACAAAGCGGUGCUUUGAUUAUCACUACGUUACAUUGAUUGACAAUUUGACGGCUUCAUGAAAAAAAAAAAAGAAUGCUUCUACUUUUUACGUUGUCUAAGAAGUGAUAUUUAAUGAUAUAACUCUUAAUUUUUCCCGGGUUUUAAUGAAAUCAUGCCGCGGUCAUUAAAACAACCUGAGAACUGGUUAAAUUGUGAAUAAAAUUGCAUCACUGACAUA